GAGGGGAAGAAGCGCUGCUGUGAGCGACAGGCAAACACACACAUCACGCGCAACAGUUGAUCUGACUCGUAAAUCUUCGUGCGCGCCGCUGAGAGUGCGUGAAUGAAAAACUUCCGAAACACUAAAGACUCGGGUUUUCUCACGCUUCGUCCACGCACCUGGACCAGUCCACCUUUUGUUUGGUCCAACCGCAAAUCGUUUGUUUUCUCAUAACUUUUACGGAGAGAGUCGCGUUGGGGGACGAGAGACGCCGCGCGUGCACCGCGGUACUUCGUUUUAUAUCGCUUUCCGCGUGAAUGGACGAUUGUUGUUUAGUUUUGGACUAAUUCUUUACGAAUCUUGGAACAAGAAGCAGUACACUUCAACAUAAAUCGUGAAGAUCGCAAUGGUAGCUCAAUGCUGUUGGUGUUGAUGGCCCUGUUCUGCCCACAGCUGUGUGAAUGAGCUCUGUCGGCCCACCCUCUACGACCAGCUGCAUUGCCAAAGCCUCUCUCAGGAUGUUGAUGUCAUGCCGUUUGCUUCUCCUGUGGAUUAUUUUAGCUCAGCUCGCCUCUGCUCACUCGCGUCCCGCUGUAACCGAACAAGGACACGUCGUAGCAUCAUCUGAGGAUGAGGACGACGAUGAGUCAUCGUCAGAAGAAAACAAGCCGUCGAGCAGCCAGGAGCUCUUACCGAUGGCACCUCAGUGGGCCCAGCCUGAAAAGAUGGAAAAAAAGCUUCACGCUGUACCAGCCAGCAAAACGGUGAAAUUCCGAUGCCAGGCCGAGGGAAACCCAGUUCCAAAACUGCGCUGGCUCAAGAACGGAAAGGAAUUUAAACGGGACCAGCGCAUUGGGGGCUACAAGCUGAGGGAACAUAUGUGGACCAUCAUCAUGGAGUCGGUGGUGCCCUCAGACAAGGGCAACUACACUUGCCUGGUGGAAAAUGAAUACGGAAGCAUUAAUCACACCUAUCAGCUUGAUGUAGUAGAGAGAUCUCCACAUAGGCCAAUCCUGUACGCCGGUCUCCCAGCGAAUCGGACCGCUGUCGUGGGCACUGAUGUGGAGUUUGUGUGUAAGGUGUUCAGCGACCCGCAACCUCACAUACAGUGGCUCAAACACAUUGUGGUGAACGGAAGCCAUAAUGGACCUGACGGGCACCCUUACGUCCGUGUCUUGAAGACCGCCGGCCUAAACACCACAGACAAGGAGAUGGAGUUGUACCAGUUGAAGAAUGUGUCCUUUGAGGAUGCUGGGGAGUACACUUGCUUGGCGGGCAAUUCUAUCGGGAUCUCCCAUCAUUCAGCAUGGUUGACCGUCGUCAAAGCACCCACCACUCCUUCUGCAGUGCCCAGUCAGUCCUACCUGGAAGUUUUGAUCUACUGCGUCGGAUUCUUUCUCAUCUUCAUCAUGGUGGCAAUGGCCACCAUCGUCAAAGUCCGCAGCUCAUCCAAAAAGAGCCACUUCAACGGCCAGCUGGCCGUCCAUAAGCUGGCUAAAAGCAUUCCUCUCCGCAGACAGGUGUCGGUUGAAUCCAGUUCUUCUCUGAACUCCGGUGUGAUGUUGGUCAGACCCUCGCGGCUCUCCUCCAGUGGGACCCCUAUGCUGUCAGGGGUCUCGGAGUAUGAGCUGCCCCAGGACCCCUGCUGGGAGGUGUCCAGAGACAGGCUGGUGCUGGGGAAACCUCUGGGAGAGGGCUGCUUUGGCCAAGUGGUGAUGGGUGAAGCCAUAGGACUGGACAAAGACAAACCCAACCGUGUAACUAAAGUAGCUGUAAAGAUGCUGAAAUCUGACGCGACUGAGAAAGACCUGUCUGACCUCAUCUCAGAGAUGGAGAUGAUGAAGAUGAUUGGAAAACACAAGAACAUCAUAAACCUGCUUGGUGCUUGUACUCAAGAUGGUCCUCUUUAUGUCAUCGUGGAAUACGCCUCCAAAGGAAACCUACGGGAAUACCUGCGUGCCCGCCGGCCGCAUGGCAUGGAAUACUGUUACAAUCCCAACCAGGUGGCCCUGGAGACCAUGUCCAUUAAAGACCUGGUCUCUUGUGCCUACCAGGUAGCUCGUGGCAUGGAAUAUCUGGCCUCCAAAAAGUGUAUCCAUAGAGACUUGGCAGCACGCAAUGUACUCGUGACGGAUGACAAUGUAAUGAAGAUAGCAGACUUCGGUCUGGCCCGGGACGUUCAUCACAUAGAUUACUACAAGAAGACCACAAAUGGUCGACUCCCCGUGAAAUGGAUGGCACCUGAAGCUUUGUUCGACAGGGUUUACACACACCAAAGCGAUGUGUGGUCUUUUGGGGUUCUUCUCUGGGAGAUAUUCACUUUAGGAGGUUCACCUUAUCCCGGAGUGCCCGUGGAAGAGCUCUUCAAGCUACUGCGAGAAGGUCAUCGCAUGGACAGACCCUCAGCGUGCACUCAAGAGCUAUAUCUGAUGAUGAAAGACUGCUGGCACGCAGUUCCCACGCAGAGGCCGACUUUUAAACAGCUGGUUGAAGACCUUGAUCGCACCCUGUCCAUGAUUUCCAAUCAGGAGUAUCUGGACCUCUCUGAUCCCCCAGAGCCAAUGUACUCUCAGAUCAUCCUGAAUGAACGGAACUCCACCUGCUCCUCCGAACCGGACUCGGUCUUCUUACAGACUCCGGGACCCGAAGAACCCUGCAUCCGCCCGCCGGUUCCCCCUCAACACAGCGUUCGUUCCUUCAAGAAACGCUGACAGUGGAGAAACCCAGACCUCUGCGGUCAGUCACAGACAGAUCUCUUUGUAUUGCUACUUCCUUUCGCUCAUAAACUCUGCUGGCUCAGAGACUGAGAAUCACAGCCUGGGCCGACACAGAAGCACACGCAGGAGACAUUUCGUACCUGCAGAAUGUCAAAAACAAGAGCGCUCAGAACUGCACGUGGGCUCUCGAGAAUUCAGAGCGGAUUCAGAGGCCUCACAAAUGAGACGUUCCAAAAACAUCACUAAAGGGUUUUCUUUGGUCAGUGUGACGAAGAAAUGUUACACAGUCCAGUAUGCUCACUUCGCUGAAGGCCAUUUAAAUUGUACAAAUAGGAAUUGAUUUAAACAUUAUUGUUUUAUGGGACUAUUAUAGUGAUGAUUGUUUCGUAUAAGCUUGUUCAUUCCCUCUUAUGUUCGAAAAGCAAAUAUAAUGGACGCAAGGCGAUAAAGCAACAUAAGCUAUUCCAUGUAAACCCUUACAUUCAUUUUUUAUGAACUGGUUACGACCACCACACAUGUUAUCAGCUGCUUGAAUUCUGUAUUAAUAGUGUUGUGCUGGCAAGACACGCCCACAGCGGAAUCUCAUUGGUCUAAAAUCACACUCCACUUGACUUUGAGGUGACAUAGCCCUGUCAAAACAUUGCUUUGUUUGUUUAUCUGUUUGAUAUCUGUUUGUCCAACCAAUGGCAGACAGUGUAGCGUUUGGAAAUCUAUUUGAAAACAGAUUUUUGCAAUUUCAUUUGGUCAUGCUUGUGGUACAGAAGUUAUUCCUUUAUCAGCAGUUAUGUUAUGAUCGACUGUGUUGUGUUGCAAAGCAUAUUCAUUGUAGAAACACACAUGACUUGUCGUCUGGUUAAGACUCAAUGUAACACCGGUUUGUGGGAUGGUUCUAAGCUACAAAUGAAAACUGUUAAUCAUUGCUUGCCUUUACGGUCGCGAAUGCCAUUUUUGUGGCAUUCUGUAAGACUAAAGUCCAUUAGUAUGAAUUCAUGUGUUAACUAGUGUGAGAUUAAACAAAUAUGUGUAUAUUCCAUCAAUGUCAACCGGGGAUUUGACAAUCUCCGCAGUUUUAUUUUAUAUCAUAUUGUUGAGGCUAGUUUCAAACCAUAGCUUUAUCACGUUCUGCUAGAUUUCAAGGACAGGGUUUAUAUGAUGAGAAAUAUAUAUAAGAAAGGAUGAUUGUUAGCUUGUUAUGCAGGGCAUAAAAUGAGUGAGUUGUCCAACAGAAUUUCAAUGCUUGUGUGAUUGUAUAUGUCCUGAUGUGAAUUGAGGCUUUGGCCAUGCACUUAUAUUCAGGCUAUCGAUGAACGGAUUGAUAUCGCCUUUCCUGUGGGAAAAUAAAUAAAAAAGUUAUAUAUGAACAAUUUGGCAUGAAUCGGUGUGUGUCUGUGUGUCACGUUUGUAUGUGCAGCUCAAGCACGUGGGAUGUAAAUGACAGCCCAAGCGGUCCAGAGGUUGCUGGAAGGGCAGACGUGCGCAAGAAGUUGCUGACUUGAAACCUUCUGCCAGAGUUAAGUACAUGAUUAACGGUGAGAAAAG